AGUAGAAACCCCCCAAAAUAUGGUGUAAAAAUCAAGAAGAAACAGAGGAACACAUACUCCUUCAUUGUCCAAGAUUUAAUUCAAACAGAGUGAUAUUGUUGGAAGCAUUAAAGAAAAUAAAAAUUGAUAACCCAAUUGUAAAACUGUUGAUCACAGGAGAAGAUUUUGCAGAAGAUCAAAAAUCUUAUAUAUUAAGACAUACCCAAAUAUUUUUACAAAAAACAAGAAUUAUAGACAUGAUAUAAUAGAAGAAAGAAGAUUAAAGAAAAGGGAUCCAAGGGAUAUAGAGAGAAAGAGUCUGAAACCCUAUUAAAGAAGAAGAAGAAGCAGCAGACGAGAUCUGGUGUUUGGCUCCCUUUUCAUUCAUAUGACUUCUUUUGGACCUCACGAAGAUGUUUAACUGUACGACCUUGAUGCUGAUGCCAAAUAGUGUGUACCAAGGUAUUUUUCGAAGAGCAAGCAACAAAUCCUUGCCAAUAUUUCCAUAUAAUUUCCGGUAUGGGUUUCAUAGAGGUAAGAUUGAAGAAACAUCAAGAAUUGUUUCUUCAGUCAGUGGAACAGACAAACUACAAGAUUGCAUAAGAAAUGAAGUGCCUGGGAUCAGCUGGCAUAGCAGUUAUGGGAGAUCAGCAGGAAGCCCAGAACAUGAGCCUUGCAGUAGCAAGAUGUUUAAAAAACAAGCCAAUAAAGUAAUGCAUAGAAAUAUGAUGAAAGGAGGAGACUGGUCUAAAAAGCAUUUAUGCCAUAAAGAAAGAAAAACAGGUCAAAGUAAGAUAUUAAAAGAUGACAUUAUAUAUGGAAUACACCCAGUUUACCUUGCUUUUUGUGCCCAACGUCGAAAGAUUCACAAAUUAUAUUACAGAAAAGGUGUAGAAGCAAAUAACAGUAAAAUUAAUGAAAUACUAGACCUAUGCCACCAAAGAAAUAUUGAAAUGCAUGGAUUAGAACCAUCGCAAUUUGGACAAUUCUUAAAGAGUGACAAAGUACAUCAAGGCAUUUAUUGCAAAGCUAGUCGUCUUUUGAUAGAGGAGCUUGAAGAGGAGGAGAUCCUGGCAUCUAGCUUGAUAAAUAAAACUGGUGAAGGUUUUGAAUUAGGGGAAAGAAAAAGAACAUCACUUUUAUGGCUUUAUCUUGACCAAAUUCAGGAUCCCAUGAACUUUGGAGCUAUUUUAAGAUCAGCUUACUACUUUGGGGUUGAUAAAAUAAUAACAUCUAAAGGACACAGUUGUCAAAUUACUGGUAAUGUUAGUAAAGCAAGUGCUGGAGUAGCAGAAUUGCUGACCGUUUAUCAAGUGGAGGAUGCUUCAAAGCUUUUUGGUUUUCUUCAUAAAUCAAAAUGGAAUCUGCUAUCUACAGCUACUAGUUCUAACAUGCCUGUGCCCAUCAAAGAUUUUGAGGCAAAGGAAAAUACUCUGUUAGUUAUUGGUAA